GUUGAAAGUGAAGAAAAACUCAACAGAAAGGAUGUUAAAGCGUCCGGGGCCCCUGAGUCCGGACGAUGUUGAGCACAUAAAGCUGGAUAGAAUAAUUGCAUCAGAUCUAGUUGGGCACUCUGUGUCUGUCCAUGUAGCUGGUCUGCCUUAAGGUGCCAUGGCUACAGGGACCCAGGGCCACCGUGACCACAUCUUGGAGAAAGCCAAGCUCACGCCACCGACAGGGAGGCGCAGGAGAGCCGAGGUGAAGCCGAAGAAGAACUUCCCCUGCCAGGAGUGUCAGAAGGCGUUCAACAGUCUGGAGAAGUUGAAGGUGCACUCGUAUUCUCACACAGGAGAAAGACCCUACCGCUGCUCCCACUCCGACUGCACCAAGGCUUUUGUCUCCAAAUACAAGCUGCUACGGCAUAUGGCAACUCACUCGCCAGAAAAAAACCACAAGUGUUCAUACUGUGAGAAAAUGUUCCACCGCAAGGAUCACUUAAAGAAUCAUCUACACACUCAUGACCCAUACAAGGAGGCAUUCACCUGUCAGGAGUGUGGCAAGAGCUACAACACCAAGCUGGGCUUCAAACGCCACCUUGCCCUCCACGCUGCCAACAGUGGAGAUCUCACCUGCCAAGUGUGCCUGCAGCCAUUUCCUAGCACCGGGAUUCUUCUAGAGCACCUCAAAACACAUGCUGGCAAGUCCUCUGGUGGGACCAAAGAGAAAAAGCAUCGCUGCGAGCAUUGUGAGCGGCGAUUUUAUACCCGGAAAGACGUACGACGCCACAUGGUGGUGCACACCGGACGCAAGGACUUCCUUUGUCAAUACUGUGCCCAGCGCUUCGGUAGGAAGGACCAUCUCACACGUCACAUGAAGAAGAGCCACCCCCAGGAGCUGCUGAGGGUAAAAACUGAGCCAGCUGAUUCGCUGGAGCCCAUUGUCUACGACUUGGCUUCUGGGGACAUCAAGGGUGAACUCCCUGGAAUGCUGACGCCAAGGCUCCACCAGCUCAACAUGUACACAGGCCCCGUCCUGGACACAGAGCCCUUCCCCACCCCCACACACCCCUUUUCUUUAAAGUACCCGCUGGGCUCCAACUUUACCUCAUACACCGUCUCCUCACAGGAGCGGGAGCAGAAUCUAAAGGGAGAACUGGAGACUUACCUGAUGGAGCUGCAGAGCAGCAUGCCCUCCUCAUCGUCAGCAGCCCAAGAAUCAGCCCAACUCUCCUCCUCCAAACUUGAGUUGGGGCCUCACGUUGGCAGGCUGGAAGGAGCGAGCGAGGAAGUGUCCUUGUCCAAAAUGUCCUUGUCCACUUCGGUUGCAGCAGCCACUGCAGGUGACUCUCUGGCCUCAUCCUCCUCACUGAUGGACUUUUCACAGCUUUUCAACUUCCUUCCACUCAAUGGGCCUCCGUACAACCAGGCAGGGGGCAGCGGGGGGCAGGGUGUUGCCUAUCAACCCAACGAAGAGCCCACGUCUCUCGUCCAGCUGCCCCCCCAGUCCUCUGAAGGCCUAGAGGCUGCAGAGACGCCGCUUCAAGGGCUCCCCUCCUCCUUCAUAUCCAACCUGAGCACACCCACCACACUGCCCCGAUUCCACCAAGCUUUUCAGUGAUCCAGUAUGUACUGCAAAUAGCACACAUGCACUCUUAACACACACGUACUGACACACAUGUCAAGCUACACAACCACACAGGCAGAGAGACACUGAAACAAGAUGCCAGUAACACAUGAUUGGUGAUAUAAGAAACUCCUUCCUCCUCCUGAUAGCACUGACAACACACACAGAUACAGAGCUCUCCACACAAGGCUUGGUUUAGUCCGUUUUCUAAUGGCAACUAUUAGGAUGUCUUCUUUGCCCCUAUCAGUUUUAUUUAAGUUGGCUAAUCACACGUUUCACUAGUGAUGUGUUCAUUUAAUAGCAGAAAAAUUAUCCCCUAGAUCUUAAAUUGCAGCGCAAGCAACAGCUCUGACAAACAGGUCAGCACAGCUCAGGUUCAUACUUUAAUAGAUUUCAGUGCAGCACUUCUCUGUGCACUGCAUCACUUUCAUCAGUACAAAAAUUCGCAACACACACAUUGCUGGAGUAUAACCAUUUUUCUGCAGUAAUGUGAACCUGACACAGCAAAAAUACAUCAAAGGUGAAUUAGAGGAACUUUCACUUAGA